AUGGCCGCGUCCACCCUGUCCGUCUGCUCUAGCGACCUGAGCUGCGGCAGCUGCGUCUGCCUGCCCGGCUCCUGGGACUCCUGCCCCGACUCCUCCUGGCAGGUGGACGACUGCCCAGAGAGCUGCUGCGAGCCCCGCUGCUGCACCCCCAGCUGUUGCCAGUCCAGCGGCUGCACCCCAGCCUCCUGCCUGACCCUCAUCUGCACCCCCGUGAGCUGUGGGUCCAGCCCCUGCCAAUCAGCCUGUACCAGCUCCUGCCGGCCCCCCUGCUGCAGCUCCUCCCCCUGCCAGGAAGCCUGUGGCGAGUCCGUCUGCUGCAAGCCCGUGUGCUGCACCCCUGCCUGCUGCAAGCCCCUCUGCUGCACCCCUGUCUGCUGCCAGGCCUCCCCCUGCUCGGCAUCCUCAUGCUGCCAACAGCCUAGCUGCCAGCCCUCCUGCUGCAGCUCCUCCCCCUGCCAGGAAGCCUGCUGCACCCCUGUCUGCUGCAAGCCCGUCUGCUGCACCCCUGCCUGCUGCAAGCCCCUCUGCUGCACCCCUGUCUGCUGCCAGGCCUCCCCCUGCUCAGCCACCUCAUGCUGCCAACAGUCUAGCUGCCAGCCCUCCUGCUGCAGCUCCUCCCCCUGCCAGGAAGCCUGCGGUGCGUCCAUCUGCUGCAUCCCUGUCUGCUGCAAGCCCCUCUGCUGCACCCCUGUCUGCUGUGAGACCUCCCCCUGCUCAGCCCCCUCCUGCAGCCAGCCCAGCCCCUGCUCCUCGUCCUGCUGCAGACCCUCCUCCUGUGUGUCCCUGCUCUGCCGGCCUGUGUGCAGCCCCGCCUGCUGCGUGCCCAGCUCCUUCUGCCAGCCCAGCUGCUGCCGCCAGGCCUCCUGUGUGUCCCUGCUCUGCCGACCCAUGGGCCCCCGCCAAGCCUGCUGCGUGCCCACCUCGGCCCAGAAGUCCUCCUGCUGA